AUGAGUCUGGGGUAUGAGAGAGUGUUUGUACAGCGGACGACAGGUGGAACCUUUAUUGAACCCCUUGAUGAGACUCCACCAGCACCCAACCCAGCUCCUGUCAGGGACAGUGACCUCAUGUUUCAUGAUGAGAAGGAAAGAAUCCAAACAUUUUCGGGGUGUUGGUCCGACGUCUACCCUGUGGAUCCUGCCAGUUUGGCUAAAAAUGGUUUUGUUUUCAUUGGACCCGGCGACCCUGUCAAGUGUGUUUUCUGUUUGAAUACGUUGAGGGGCUGGGAAACGGGGGAUGUGGUAGAAGAGGAACAUCGACGCUAUUAUCCAGACUGUCCUUUUGUGAAAACAAAAACAGCACCACUCUAG